AUGGAUGCUUUCCCAAAGUCGGGUUUCCUGGUGGAAGCCGAAGCAUUCGACGAUCUAGGCGGUUGGGUCGUGGACUCGCAGUUUGAGAUGGUCAUGGGCUCGCCGUAUAUACUGGCCCACGGUAACGGCAGUCCAGUCGCGGAUGCCACAACCGUCAUCAAUGUUAUAGACGCCGGUACAUACAACGUCUGGGUUCGUGCCAAAGAUUGGGUUCCUGGCCACCAUCCGGGGAGGUUCACGCUCUCAGUCAACGGCACGACACUCGAAACCGAGUUUGGAGCCAACGACCAGGACUGGAACUGGCAGCUGGGCGGAAGAGUGAAACUUGCUGCGGGAGACGUGAGGCUGGUGUUGCACGAUCUGACUGGAUUCUGUGGCCGUUGUGACGCCAUCUUCUUCAGCAGAGACGACAUAGCGCCGCCAGAGGCUGUGGACGAAGCAGCACGCUCGUGGCGGCGGCGCCUUCGCGGUCUCCCUGAGAAUCCCGUCGACGGAAGAACGUUCGAUGUCGUCGUGGUCGGAGGCGGUGUCCCCGGGACGGCGGCUGCAUUAACAGCAGCGAGACUUGGCGAACGUGUGGCCCUUGUCCAGGAUCGUCCGUAUCUAGGCGGCAACGCGAGCGUCGAGAUCGGGCUCAGUCCGCGUGGCGUCAACGGGCCGUUGAUCAAGGAGAUCUCGCGGCGUCAUCCCGGCGGCGAUCUGUACGGGUUGACGCUUCUCGAGGCUGAGCCUCUCGCGACCGUCUUCCUGGAGCACACUGUCUACGACGCAAUCACCGUUGACAACACCAUCGUCUCCAUUGACGCACGCCAUGCCCGCAGCGGACGCGAGAUCCGCAUCUCAGCGCCCGUCUUUAUUGACUGCUCGGGCAAGACGAUCCUCGGGUUGUACUCGGGUGCGGAGACGUUGUUCGGCCAGGAGUCGAAAGUUGAAUAUGGAGAGAGCCUCGCGCCGGUCGACCGUGACAAUUCGCACCACGGCAACACAGUCUUCUUCCGCACACGAAUGGCCGAUUCACCUACUCCAUUUCCAUCCGUGCCAUGGGCUACCGAAGUGGCCAAGGACUUCGCCGAUUUGGGCGGCCAGCUAAAGAGGCCCGGCAUUGAGAACGGAGCUGGUCCUAAAGUCAUCUCUCCAGGACAUGUCCCCGACAUCAAUGUAGCCAAACGCAUGACGCGUCCUUUUACUCAUUUCUGGGAGUACGGCCAAUUGCUUGACCCGUACGCCCAAGGCGAGCAUAUCCGCGACCACCUCCUGCGCGCCAUCUACGGUACCUUUUCCAACGUCAAGACAAUGGACCCCAAGACCUACGCCAACCUCACCCUUGACUGGGUGGCGUUUGUUCCCGCCCAAGGCGAAUUCCGUCGCUACAAGGGCGACUACGUGCUGACCGAGACGGACAUCCGCGCCCACAAUCAGUUCCCCGACGCCGUGGUCAAGAACGGAGGUGCCUUCUGCCUGCACUAUGCUGGAAAUGAGAAAUACGACUUCCGUCUCAAGCACUGGGAGUGGGACGAACGCGAUGGCAAGCCGUACGAUAUUCCCUUUCGCUGUCUCUACUCGGCCAACAUCUCGAACUUGAUGAUGGCGGGCAAGCACUUGAGCGUCACGCAUGUCGCCGGGUCCAACACCAAGUUUAUGGGCAAUGGUGGGCAGCAUGCCAUUGCGACCGCUGCUGCAGCUCAUUUGUGCAACAAGCAUCGCACAAACCCCCGUGGCGUCUACGAAAACCACAUGGAAGAUUUGAAGAGCAUCGCCAUGGGCAUCACAGGUGCAAAUCGCUACAAGUCCCCGAGCCACCUGUGA